CGAUCAAAGUCCAAGGAACGCCGGGGCGAUGGUCAGCAGCAGCAACAGUCACAAUCCUCAUCACAGCCGCAACAAAGAAGAGGCGGCGAAGGUGGUGGUGGACGUGGUGGCCGCAGCACGGAAGGUGCUGGUCAGCAGCAGUUGCCAGGAAACAGUCGAUCAUCAACGGAGGGUGGUUUACAACGAACUGGUGGCCAGCCAGGCAUUAACAAGUCUGGGGAGACAUCGCACCUGAAGACCGGUGGUGGUGAUCACCCAAAGACUAGCACGACUUCAGUGGCAGCAGGUGGCGGCGGCAAGUCUGACGGGCGAACCUUUCAGACGAACGCUGCCGCCGCUCGCGGUGACCACCGAGGCGGAGCAAACAAUGCGGCUCGUGGUACAGCAGCAGCAAACAAGACCACCACUUCUUCAGCUGCCAACUCUGCUGAGCAGCCAAAACCCAUUUCCUCUUCAACUGUGAUCCCCUCUGGCGGCAGUGCCUCAACGACGCCCAGCUCCAACCACCCCUCGACGUCGUCGACCAAGUCGAAUAGCUUUGACCAGCACGACAGCGGCAUCGACAGCGAGCACCAGCCGCCCUCCACCUCCUCCACCUCCACCUCGCAGCGCUCCUCGCCCAGCAACAACAGCAACGAGGAGGGCAAGGGAAUGGGCGUCAACAAGCAGGGCGCGGUCACCACCACGACCACCGCCUCCUCUUCAGCUUCAAAGUGCUCAACGACUGCCACCGGCUCAAGUGAUUCAAAGCCUUCCUUGAAAAAGUCCUCUGACUCGAUGGGCAUUUCUUCGAAGUUGCCUGAUAUGAUUGACGAGAGCAGCAUCGACACUGUUUCGGGUUCUACUGCCAAUCAAAAGCAACAGCAGUCACAGCCUACGGUGCCGCAGGGCACCUCCUCAGUGGCCGAAGAGUUGAAGAUGAAGUUUGACUCGGUGAAGAAAGUGUGGGACAAUCCACCGCCUUCUGCAGCGGCAUCAUCAGCGACCACGGCUGCAGCCAUUGACGGAGCCGUUUCGAACUCGAACGCCGCCUCUGAACAACGUAAGAACUCAUUGCUUGCACUGGACAAGAGCUCCUCCAAGUCUUCGGUGGUUUCCAUUG